AUGGACUGCACACAUUUUCUCUCGGCAGUAUUGGAUUAUACACUCCUCUUUUCUGGGGAGAGAGGAGCAACGCCCCUAAAAGCUUCCUCAGGCUGGGCUCACGCUAACUGGCUACACGGGUACGUGUAUAAGAAGGGGAAGAACAGUCCUGGGGACUCCAGUCCAGCCCCCUGGACGGGGCCCGUGGCCUUUGUGAGCACAGAUCCGGCAAGUCCGGGUACCUGGGCGCAGAUCAGGUGCCCAGCUCCGGGGAGCUCUCAGGCGGCGCUGCUCCAGCAGCAGACGCCGAAGAGGACUGCGGGACCGCCCCACAGGAGGCGGGGCCAACGUCUGCGCCGCCCCCUCGGCGCCCCGAGCCUGGCCCUCCCCCGUGGGGGCGGUGUCUCGUGGCUCCCGGGACUGCGCGCAGGCGCUGGGCGGCUAGGUGCGCUCGCUUUGGAACCGCCGGAUUCCUGCGCUUCCCGCGGUAUGACCCCUGCCCCGGUGGCACUGCGCCUGCCCGCCCAGUCCCGGGCAGCGCCUUCUGCUGCAGCUCUUCUUUCCAGCUUAGCUCUGAAGACAGGCAAAAGGAAAGCAAAACCACCUGGAGGCAUAGGGACUGCCCUCCCCAGCCCUCCAGCCUGCCCAGACCACCCUGACAAGUUUGAGCUGAACUCCUGACUCAGGCCUGCGCAGAUGGUGAAGCAACCUCUAGAAUGAGGGACAACCAGCUGGAACCUCAUUUACAUAACAUAUAAAAAGACAUGUUUCCUUAAGGGGGGUGUGCAACCUUAGGCCCACCGCUGCAUGGGAUGACAAGGCUUCCCUAUCCAAAUAUUCAU